CAUUGCAUUGAAUUGCAUCCCAUCUUCUAUUCCAUCGACGACGCCGACGCCGUGAGCCGCAACGCUUUGCAAGGUUACGGCGUCGGAACCUGAAACAGAGACCCCAACAAGCGCAGCCUUCGCCACGGCCGGGCCGAGUGGACUGUUCCACCAACCGCUACCACCAACCGCAUUCACCAAACCCAGGAACCCUUCCCGCGGUGGUUUGGCACACGCCGCGAGAGGGAGGAUGAAGCAGGGGCAGCUUCCCGAGCCCCCGCUGCCGGAAUCCGACGACCCGCCCCUCCGCCUCGAUCCCUGCGUGUCUCGUCCCACGGGCCUCACCGUCCUCCCCCCUUGUCGAAGCAGCGGAACCGCCGGCGAAAGCGCGAGCCCGGGCCUGUCGGUCGACCUGGUCAACGCCAACCCCCUCCGGUGCUUCCAGGCCUACGCCCGGAUCCGCGAGAUGGCCCCCGUCGACCUGGGGCACCACUACCCGGGGUGGGGGCUCGUCUACUUCGCGGUCGUCCUGCCGCGGGUCGGGGAGCGGGAAUUCGCCAUGCCCCACGAGGAGUCGGCGGAAAAGGUGGCCGUCAAGCGCCUCUCCAAGGCCGCCGUGGAGGAGUUCCUGGCCCGGGGGGGGCACGAGAACCCCUUUCGGGAAAUCCAGAGGAUGCAGUGGCUGGGGGACAACCAGCACGUCCUGGGCAUCGUAGAGGCCCUGCACGACGAGGACUACCUCUACAUCGUCAUGCCGUACUGCGAGGGGGGGAGCCUGGUCCGGUGGAUCUUUGGCGACCGGGACCGCAUCGGGGACGCCCUCGGGGGCUCCGCGGCGGUCUACCACAACCUCCUCGAGAACAUCGAGUACCUGCACCGACACGGCGUCUGCCACCGGGAUUUCAGCCCCGACAACUGCAUGGUCCUCAAGAACCACCGGAUCGUCCUCAACGACCUGGCCAUGUCUUUUCGGAUGCCCCCCGGGGACCUCACCGCCACCGACCCCGGGGGCGGCUUUUUCGGCAAGCCGGCCUACCUGCCGCCCGAGGUCGUCUCGGGCUACCGCUGCUUCUCGGCCUCCGGCUGCGACCUGUGGGGGACGGCCGUCGUCCUGUUCAACCUGGUGACGGGGGAGGUCGCCUGGAGGGAGAGCCUCCCGACCGACCUCCGGUUCCGGUACCUGGUCCUCGCGGGGGGCCUCUCCUCGAGCAGGAGGGGACGAUCCUCGCCGAACGAGCGGGCGGCCGAGGUCCUGGCCGACGACGGUUCCGGGGGCCUCCGGUCCCUGGCCGAGAAGUGCCUCGACCUCAACCCGCUGGUCUCGGACCUGCUGGAGGGCGUCCUCCGGCUGGAUCCGAACGAGCGCUGGGAAACCCGCCGGGUGAAGAGCAGCCUCUGGCUCGAGGCCUUUCGGCAGCUGGGGUAACACGGGCGAAACAGCUGGGUUCGGUUCGGUUCGGUUCGGAUCGGAUCGGAUCGGGCCCUUCGGGGCCGCUUCCGCCGAAGGGACACCGGAAGGGGGGUUCCAACCACGAACUAUAGAUGCAUACACGGUAGGAGAACGGCACCGCCACCGGACCGCGAGGCAGCUGUGUCCCCUGCCCCGAAAAGGGGCUCUUCUGCGGCGGCAGGCUGCGGUACGGUACGGUACAUGCGCACCGGUCUUGCGAGAAGCGGCGCUUCCCCUUUUUGACGUCUGGUCCGCGGCCGGGGUGGCCGCCUGGGACGCGGGGGGGGGGACGCGCGGCUUGGGUCCGGGGGAGAGCAGCAAGACGCAACGCGACGCGACAAAACGCCAGAACCACCCAUCCUGCCAUUCGGUCGUGCACGGCGGGGACCGGGAGCUCCGGUUUGCGCCACCAGCCGGUUUGUGUUCGCCACAGCAUCCUGCGGAACCAUACCGCAGUAGGCUCCACCGCCAAGGACGAUCCGAAUCGAAUAGGUGUCUUCCCGUUCAAAACUGCAACAGUCUUGUACUACUGCCUUCGAAAUUGAGGUUCUGCUGUACUCCUGCAAAAACAGCACUGUAGCUCCUCAAGAUGGAAACCAUCUGCUGAUAGCUGCUCUUUGUCUUUUGUCUUUGCCUUGUUCACUGCUAGUUUCAGUACUUUUACUU